AUGGCCAACGUCUCCACUCCUGCUGAUUCUCCGUCCAAUGCCGUGGCACACGACGACGCGGCUGCUUCUCCUACCCCCCCAGUCUCCCCACCCGUAUCUCCUUUGGAACCAGCCGAGACUGCCCAUGGAGAAAGGCUGCUCCGGGGUCUACUUGUUCACAGCAUCGUGGAUACUAUCUUGCGUUUGCAGGAUCGACUCAAACGCUUGGACACUCCUUCCUCGGAUACCUCUAUCUUCACUAGCGCAGACUGCAGGCACAGAGCGGACGAGAUGACGCGCCUCGCAGAGGACGACCAUUUAGAACCUGAACUUUCGUCGAACCUAGACAUCAUUUACAGCAUUUCACAUCUCUUACAGCUUGCGAAAGAUCUCAAUGGAAUUGUGGAAAGCAUUCAGCAGCAGCAGCACGCGACAAGCAGCUCUUCAUUGAGGCAGAAAGUGAUGACAAGCGCAAACUCUCGAAUGCACCUCAAGAUGGCCAAAGAGGCCAGAGAGGGUAUGCGACACGCAUUCGAUGAGUAUGAUCGCUGGGAGAUGAUGCGCCGCCACUAUGUAUCAAUGAAGCUCCAAAUGUCACAAAUCCAACACUUCAAUCAGAAUAGGGUACUAGCCGAGCAACGGGAUGAGAGGGAUAGUCAUGUGGCAACACAGGUCGCAGAGCUGUACCGAGUCAUUGUGACAGACCAGGGACUUCAAUACUCCUCCGACGAGAUCCGUCUCCCCAAACCAUGGUCCCUGAACGAUAGCACUUUUGCACCGCCGGAAGAAGAGAGGCAGAAGAUGUCGCCAGAUGAGCUGCUUCUUCAGGCAGACAAGCUGGAUGAUGAGGCGAAGACGACGUCGACCAAAGAAAGGGUCUUGAAAGAAAAAAUGAGAGAAGGCGAUCGUUCUUGA